GCAGGAGCAGAGAGCAGCCAUUGCUGUGUCUGGCAGCAGAGGUGUGAAGAAGACAUCUGGUGAGCGUGAGACACCCAGCAGCCAUGCUCAUGUGUCGGGAGGACUGAGCAGGUCCCAGAGCACCAUCAUGGUGCCUCCACCUCACUCACUGAUACAUGAGAGACACAGUGACCAGAAGAUCCAGGAACUCACCAACAAGAUCAUUCCACUGCUGACUGGAGAGGAGGGGGAGUAUAUAGAGGAACACAGGGGUCUGUACAAGGAUGUGAUGAUGGAGAAUCACUGGCCCCUCACAUCACUGGCUAAGAGGAGACUGUCAUGUAUUGUACAGGGGAGAGCAGAUGGGCCCAGUAACAGAGAUACCCCAGAGAGAUGUCCCCGUCCUCUGUAUUCCCAGGAUUGUACAGAGGAGAAUCACAGGAUCCCACAGGAGGAUCAGGUACAAAGUCUGCCUAAUAUUAAAACAGAAGAUAUAAAGGGAGAGGAAGAGACAUAUAUGACUGAUAUAAAGACAGAAGAUAUAGAGGGAGAAGAAGAGACGUAUGUGACUGAUAUAAAGGCAGAAGAUACAGAGGGAGAAGAAGAGACGUAUGUGACUGAUAUAAAGGCAGAAGAUAUAGAGGGAGAAGACGAGACGUAUGUGACUGAUAUAAAAGCAGAAGAUAUAGAGGGAGAAGAAGAGACGUAUGUGACUGAUAUAAAAGCAGAAGAUAUAGAGGGAGAAGAAGAGACGUAUGUGACUGAUAUAAAGCUAGAAGAUAUAGAGGGAGAAGAAGAGACGUAUGUUAGGGGUGAUCAGCAGUGUAAGGAGGAGGAGAUCCCUACAGAUAUCAGCACAGCAGAUGGACACACAAGCAGGAAUAUCUCAGAAGGACAUCUAAUGUUAUCCCCGGAUUGUGACAUAAAAGAAAAUGACAGUAGACAAGAAUCUCCAGGAGAUAACCCCAUUACCCCAAUUAUACAUCCAGCUUUAUCAGCUGGUCCCCCUGAUCCUGCAAAAUGUUCUUCUGAUCACUCUGAUAUUGGUGUAUCUGGUACAGUUCUGACAAUAGAUAUAGAGUUUCCCUGUUCUAUAGGUGCCAGAUUUUUUACACAGAACACAAAGCCUAUUAACCCACAGACAGGUAAGGCAAGUGAGAGGCCAUUUCUAUGUUCUGAGUGUGGGAAAUGUUUUGUAUACAAAUCAGAUCUUGUUGCACAUCAGAGAAGUCACACAGGUGAGAAGCCAUUUCCAUGUUCUGAGUGUGGGAAAUGUUUUGCACACAAAUCAGAUCUUAUUAAACAUCAGAGAUAUCACACAGGUGAGAAGCCAUUUUCAUGUUCUGAGUGUGGGAAAUGUUUUGCACACAAAUCAGAUCUUGUUAUACAUCAGCGAAGUCACACAGGUGAGGAGCCAUUUCCAUGUUCUGAGUGUGGGAAAUGUUUUGCACGCAAAUCAGAUCUUGUUAUACAUCAGCGAAGUCACACAGGUGAGAAGCCAUUUUCAUGUUCUGAGUGUGGGAAAUGUUUUGCACACAAAUCACAUCUUGUUAGACAUAACAGAAGUCACACAGGUGAGAAGCCAUUUUCUUGCUCUGAGUGUGGGAAAUGUUUUAUCCAGAAAUCACAUCUUGUUAUACAUCAAAGAAGUCACACAGGUGAGAAUCCAUUUCCAUGUUCUGAGUGUGGGAAAUGUUUUGCACAGAAAUCAGAUCUUAUUAAACAUAAGAGAUGUCACACAGGUGAGAAGCCAUUUUCUUGCUAUGAGUGUGGGAAAUGUUUUACUUGGAAAUCACAACUUGUUACACAUCAAAGUAAAAGACAGGUUCCGGUUCAGCAACCAGUAGAUCCACUGUGGGGUGUGUUCGCACAAACCUUGUCUAGUGUAGCUGACAGAUUAGCACCUGCAGUUCCACCCCCGGGAAUAGGUUACACUAUUAACCCAUACAUGCAGCUCCCUUCUUGUGGUUUAUCUCCAGCAGCUGCAACAAGUCAGAAGGCUGUUAAAACCAGGGUAGAUACAUCUAUGUUACAGACUACACAAGAUGAUACAACAGAUGAGGAUACAGUGUAUUCAAAUACUCCAUAUAAUGAACAGUCGGAGGGUUUCAGCUCAGAGGAUAUAGCUGAGCUUAUUGAUGCCAUGAAGGCUGUUCUGUCUCUGGAAGAAUCAGCUAAGGCAAUAUCAAAAUCUAAAGCACCUGUGUUUAAACGUCCAAAAACAGUUAAGAUUGAGUUUCCAGGGUCAGAGGAAAUGGCGGAAAUUAUGGAAGAGCCUUGGGCUACACCCAAUAAGAAGUAUAGAAUUCUGAAAAGAUGGGAUUCUUACUAUCUUUUUCCGAUUGCGGACUGUUCAAAAAGAGAAGUUCCUCCUAAAGACGCUCCGUCGCCGAAAGCUCACCUUACCACCCAAGACAUCAUCUCUAUUGUCACUAAAACUAUUCAAACUGAGAUGAGGUCAACGCUCAUGGAAUUUAGAAAUGAACUGACCGACUUGGGCACACGUACUGAUUCCCUGGAACGUAAGAUGGAUGAGGUUUGCCAGUACCAAGCCGUGAUUGAGCAGGAGCUAACGGACCUCCGCGCAGAUGUCGAUCUUCAUGGAGACCACUUGGAGGACUUGGACAAUCAGAACCGCAGAAAUAAUAUUAGGGUCCGCAAAAUUCCAGCGAGUGUUACCAUGGAGACCCUCCCAGGUUUUCCAGAAGGCCUAUUCCUGAAUCUGAUCCCCGGUACUCCGAAAGACCUGCUCAUUCUAGACAGGGCGCAUAGGGCGCUCCGCCCUCGGCCUCCCCCAACUCAACCACCGCGGGAUGUCAUCCUCCGUUUCCACUAUUACAAGACAAAGGAAAAACUCAUGUCUGCGGCACGGGAACACCAAUCCGUUGAUUAUUCCGGCACUCAACUUCAAAUAUACCAAGACUUAGCGCCUUCUACACUUAGAAAGCGUUGGGACCUUGCUGCUGUUACCAGAGUCCUCCGCACUCAUUCUAUUAAGUAUAAAUGGGGGUUUCCAUUUCAGCUUCAAGUUACCAAAACUCAGUUAAAACCCCUGCUCAAGACUAUGACCUUCUCAAGACUCUUGAGGGCGGGGCUGUGGCCGGGGUGUCGGAGAGGAGCGGCCAGUAACCAGGAAGCAGUCUUUGCCAAUCAUGCCCUUCUUCCUGCCUGUGCGUUCCACCUUACUUCCGUAUUGUGCGUUCCAAAUGCAGAUAGUCUGUGUUCAUCGACUGCUGCAGCCUCCCAGUGUCCGUGGAGAUCAGGAACUCCAGCUGUGGGGAUCGGAGUCUUUACUACACAUCACACGUUCUGUAUUCUCUCUGAUUCACUGAGGAUGGACAAGGACAGGAGUCACAGGACUGAGAGGAUAAUAAAUAUUACCCUGGAGAUCAUCUACCUGCUGACUGGGGAGGAUUACACAAUAGUGAAGAAGACAUCCAAUGAGUUUGAGACACCGAGCAGCCAUCCCCAUGUAUCAGGAGGACUGAGUAAAAUCCAGAGCCCCAUCACGGUGCCUCCACCUCACUCACUGACACAUGAGAGACACAAUGACCAGAAGAUCCUGGAACUCACCAACAAGAUCAUUCAGUUGCUGACUGGAGAGGAGGUUGAGUAUAUAGAGGAACACAGGGGUCUGUACAAGGACGUGAUGAUGGAGAAUCACCGGCCCCUCACAUCACUGGCUAAGAGGAGACUGUCAUGUAUUGUACAGGGGAGAGCAGAUGGGCCCAGUAACAGAGAUACCCCAGAGAGAUGUCCCCGUCCUCUGUAUUCCCAGGAUUGUACAGAGGAGAAUCACAGGAUCCCACAGGAGGAUCAGGGUGAAGCCCAAUUAAAUAAUAUUAAAGUCAAAGGUACAGAGGGAGAAGAAGAGACGUAUGUGACUGUUAUAAAGGCAGAAGAUAUAGAGGGAGAAGAAGAGACGUAUGUGACUGAUAUAAAGGCAGAAGAUAUAGAGGGAGAAGAAGAGACGUAUGUGACUGAUAUGAAGGCAGAAGAUAUAGAGGAAGAAGAAGAGACGUAUGUGACUGAUAUGAAGGCAGAAGAUAUAGAGGGUGAAGAAGAGACGUAUGUGACUGAUAUAAAGACAGAAGAUAUAGAGGGAGAAGAAGAGACGUAUGUGACUGAUAUAAAGGCAGAAGAUCUAGAGGGAGAAGAAGAGACGUAUGUGACUGAUAUAAAGGCAGAAGAUAUAGAGAGAGAAGAAGAGACGUAUUUGACUGAUAUAAAGGCAGAAGAUAUAGAGGGAGAAGAAGAGACGUAUGUGACUGAUAUAAAGGAAGAAGAUAUAGGGGGAGAAGAAGAGACGUAUGUGACUGAUAUGAAGGCAGAAGAUAUAGAGGGAGAAGAAGAGACGUAUGUGACUGAUAUAAAGGCAGAAGAUCUAGAGGGAGAAGAAGAGACGUAUGUGUGGGGUGAUCAGAAUUGUAAGGAGGAGGAAAUCCCUACAGAUAUCGGCACAGCAGAUGGACACACAAGCAGGAAUAUCUCAGAAGGACAUCUAAUGUUAUCCCCGGAUUGUGACAUAAAAGAUAAUGACAGUAGACAGGAUUCUCCAGGAGCUAACCCCAUUACCCCAAUUAUACAUCCAGCUCUAUCAGCUGGUCCCUCUGAUCCUGGGAAAUGUUCUCCUGAUCACUCUGAUAUUGGUGCAUCUGUUACAGCUCUGAGAGUAGAUACAGUGUUUCCGUGUUCUAUAGAUGCCAAAUGUUUUACACAGAACACAAAGCUUAUUAACCCACACACAGGUAAAAUAGGUGAAAGGCCACUGAUAUGUUCUGAGUGUGGGAAAUGUUUUACAUACAAAUCGCAUCUUGUUAGACAUCAGAAAAGUCACACAGGUGAGAGGCCAUUUCCAUGUUCUGAGUGUGGGAAAUGUUUUGCACACACAUCAGAUCUUGUUAGACAUAACAGAAGUCACACAGGUGAGAAGCCAUUUUCUUGCUCUGAGUGUGGGAAAUGUUUUAUCCAGAAAUCACAUCUUGUUCUACAUCACAGAAGUCACACAGGUGAGAAGCCAUUUCUAUGUUCUGAGUGUGGGAAAUGUUUUGCGCACACAUCAGAUCUUGUUAUACAUCAGAGAAGUCACACAGGUGAGAAGCCAUUUUCUUGCUCUGAGUGUGGGAAAUGUUUUAUCCAGAAAUCACAUCUUGUUAUACAUCAAAGAAGUCACACAGAUAAGAAGGCAUUUCCAUGUUCUGAGUGUGGGAAAUGUUUUACACACAAAUCAGGUCUCGUUAGACAUAACAGACAUCACACAGGUGAGAAGCCAUAUCCAUGUUCUGAGUGUGGGAAAUGUUUUGCGCACGCAUCAGAUCUUGUUAUACAUAAGAGAAGUCACACAGGUGAGAGGCCGUUUUCUUGCUCUGAGUGUGGGAAAUGUUUUAUACAGAAAUCACAUCUUGUUAUACAUCAAAGAAGUCACACAGGUGAGAAGCCAUUUCCAUGUUAUGAGUGUGGGAAAUGUUUUAUAUACAAAUCACAUCUUGUUAUACAUCAGAAAAUUCAUACAGGUGAGAAACCAUUUCCAUGUUCUGAGUGUGGGAAAGGUUUUACAAACAAAUCGCAUCUUGUUAGACAUCAGAGAAGUCAUACAGGUGAGAAGCCAUUUCCAUGUUCUGAGUGUGGGAAAUGUUUUGCAUUGAAAUCAAAUCUUGUUACACAUCAGCAAAGUCACACAGGUGAGAAGCCAUUUCCAUGUUCUGAGUGUGGGAAAUGUUUUGCACAAAAAUCAGAUCUUGUUAUACAUAAGCGAAGUCACAGGUGAGAAGCCAUUUCCAUGUUUUGAGUGUGGGAAAUGUAUUGCACACAAAUCAGAUCUCAUUAAACAUGAGAGAAGUCACAGGUGAGAAGCCGUUUUCUUGCUCUGAGUGUGGAAAAUAUUUUACAUGGAAAUUAAAGCUUUUUACAUAUCGGAGAACUCACACAGGUGAGAGGCCAUUUUAUUGCUAUGAGUGCAAAAUGUUUUACACGGAAAUCACAACGUGUUACACAUCAGCGAAGUCACACAGGUGAGAAGCCAUUUACACUCUGAGAAAUAAAUCAGCACAAUAGACAA